AUGGCUAGUUUGAAUCUACGUACUUCAGCGCAUGCCGCAAUUGUGCGCAUUAGCAAAAUGACAGAAGCAGCUAAUUAUGAUCCGGACAGCAUUGAGUGCGAGGUGAUUCGUGGACAAUUGGACAAGCAUUUUGAAAGGUUUAUGGAGUAUCAUACGGAUCUGGUGUCUUCAGCACAAGCCAGCGAAUUGACCACACAUGACGACUUCCUGGCUGCUACGGAGUUGCCGUACACACAAAUAUGUAUUCGACUACGUCGUAUAUGUGGCGCUAGUGAAGGUGGUGUUUGUGUGGCGAAUCAAUUGGACAUGCGAUUAGAUCCAAUUAAGAUUCCUGUGUUCAAUGGUGACCCAGCGAAUUGGCUGCCUUUUAAAGAUUUGUUCGAGGCACUAGUUCACAAUCGUAAGGAUCUGGAUUCCAGUUAUAAAUUAAGCAAGUUACGCCAACAUGUCAAUGCUGAUAGCGUACCAUUGGUCGGUGGACUUUACACAGGCGGCUAUGAGGACAUGUGGCAGGAGAUGAAACGGCGAUUUGAUAAUCCACGCUUGUUAGUGGAAUCGCACGUGCAGCGUAUCCUGAAUUUACCUAAUCAACCCGCUGAAUCCCAGAAGGGCUUGCUUCGACUAGUUGACACCGUCCAAAAUGUGAUGCGAGCUUUAAGCGUUAUGGGUCUUCCGGUAAGGCAUUGGGACGCCCUCUUGGUGCCAAUUCUGCUACCUAAAUUGCCCACUAUCACCAGGUAUGAGUGGGGGAUGAGCCUUCAGACGAACAACAUACCAAUGUAUCAGGACUUUUUGACAUUUAUUGAGAAGCGUGCCAACAAUUUGCCUCAAGGAGCUACGAACGGUACAACAACUCUUCAUCAGAGACCCACCCGUCCCGUUAAGGCUAACGUUGCAACGGUAAACUCAUCUCAGCCGUUACAUUCAGUGAAAGGGGUUACGGUUGUUUGCCAACUUUGCGCUAACGGGCACCGAAUACACAAGUGUCAACGGUUCGUUAAUCUUUCCAUACCGGAACGUUGGGAUACAGUUAAGCGGCUUUCGUUAUGUUUCAACUGCCUUGGAAGUGAUCAUGGAUCUCGUGAUUGUACAUCGCGAGAUUGCUUACGGUGCCAUCAUCGUCAUCAUACGAUGCUCUGCAAAGGCAACGUUGCGAACAAUACACCGACUAUGGAGGAAGACACCGACAAUCGCGUAACCGAUCGGAAAAUAUCCCUGGACACACCUUCAACACAGGUGCCACAGGUAAACCCACGACAACAGUGA